AUGGCCAAUUUCCGGCGAUUUAGGCCGGACGAUCUCAACAAGCUCUCCAAAUGCAAUCUUGAUCCGUACACGGAGACCUACGAGCUUGGGUUCUACCUACAGUACUACGCAAAAUGGCCUUCACUGUUCCAGGUUGCUGAGGAUCAAGAUGGAAAUAUUAUAGGCUACAUUAUGGGCAAGUUGGAGUCCUCGCCAGACGUCUAUCAGUUCUCUGAGCAUUAUUUGCCCUGGCAUGCUCAUAUUACCGCCGUGACUGUCGCGCCCGAGGCUCGUCGCCUGGGUAUUGGAAAACUGCUAACUCAGCAUCUCGAGGCCGCUGCCGACGCUAACAAUGCAUGGUUCGUUGACCUAUUCGUCAGGGAGACAAAUCACAAGGCCAUUUCUUUCUAUAAAAGUAUGGGCUACAGCGUCUAUCGAGUCGUCAAAGACUAUUACGGUGACCACUCUAGCGACCCAAAUGCGUCUGGUGAAGAUGCUUAUGACAUGAGAAAACCUAUGAAAAGGGAUGUGAAAAAGGAGCAUAUCAGAGAGGACGGUAUGAAGCACGAGGUGAAUCCCGAAGAUGUGUGGUGA